AUGUUUGAGAGGGAUGCGGCCGAUGAAACCAAGCAGCUGAUCGUAGAGGGCCAUGCAGCCAUCUUGAAGGUGGUCCGAUACAGUGAUGACUCAGCCAGCGAUGCAUUUGAGACCUUCCGGAAAGGCGUCGUCCGCGGCUCCAGUACACAGUCCACCACACUGCAGGCUGAAGUCCAGCAAGUUGACUGUCGCGUUUGUCGUCUCAGUCGCUUCGUUUUGAAGGAGCUGGACCAGAAGUCCAAGAUCCUCGCAUUCCUCGCUGAGUUUGCUAAAUGCAGACGGCCGCGUCGAAGGCAGGUUGCCAAUGUUUGCAGCAUCCUCCUCAAGGACACCAGCUGGAAAGAAGCUGCAGAGGGUCUUUCGGAGUUUUUACCGGAGAUGGAGGUCCACGGGGACGUGCGCGAGCCCCGCAGCCGCAGCAGCGAGGUCUCCGUGCCGGCAUCGCCCUCCGAAGCGCUCACGUCUCUCAGGGAGGCGGUCGAUCAGUUGCGGCGGCUAGACUUUGAGAACGUGGAGGAUGAAGGGCGGCCAGAGGCGAAGAAAUCCCUGCAGCAGUUUGCCCAGGGACUGCAUCUGGUCAGAGAAUACCACCCAACGGAGCUGCAGGAAAUCGACCGGCUGCAGCCGAAACAUCCCAUCCUUCGCUUUCUGAUGUUGGCAAAAGAGGAGUUUGGUCGAGAGCAGGCCCUACAGGCCUUGCGCGAGCUCCUCACUACGCCUCAGCUUGCAAAAUGGAGAGAAGCUCUGGAAGACGACCGCGAGCUCCUGGAGGCUGCCGUGGCAAGCCGCAUACUGGGCUCGGGAUCGGGUGGCCGCUCCCCGAUCUCCCGCGGCAGCGGCUCGGACUACGGGUCGGCCGAAUCCGACGAGGAGCUUUCUCAAGUGCCGAUCCGCAACCACGCGAGGUGGAUGUGGCAAGACGCCGGCCGAGGCUAUGGAGGGCCCAUCGGCGCGGGCUUAGCUCGCCUGAACCCCGCGCGCUGGAGCCAGCUGCUGCCGGAGGACCAGGUCGUCGAUGAGCUCUGCCGUUUUUUGGGCACCGGCUCUGAAGACAGGAAGUUGAAGUGGAAGGCCGCAGGAGAAAGAUCGAAGUGGAUAGACUCGAACCAGGGAUCCCUGGCGAGAGCUCUGCAACCUGCGAGCUGUGACAAGUCGUGCAGUGCGCAGAAAAGGCUGACCAACAACCCCGCUGAGUGGGACAAGGUACGAACCCUUGACAUGGAGAUCCACUUCGGCUUCGGCAGCGCCGCAGAGCUGCCGCAGUACAAGGCCUGGAGCCUUCAGGAGAAGCUGACUCGUCAGGUCUCCAUAAUGGAGGCUCUCCGCAAGCGAUUCUUCUGCACAGGAUCCACCCUCGAAGUUUACAGACAGGGCUGGAGCCCCCAGGACAACUGCGGGGUCUCGCCCUGCGGCGAGCCCCCGGUGUAUCUGCCCAACGGCUUCUCCGUCACGGCCUUCGCCGUCUCCUACGUCCACAAGGAGCUUCUCGACGUCCGCUUGGAUUGA